AGGCGGGAGGAUGAACGACAGUGCAGGACCAGAGAGAACCAGGCUUGGGUCAUUUUAGUUGGUGUUUUACUCGGCAGUCGUUCGUGAGGGGCUGUAGCUUACUUUCGGUUUGUGGUUUAUUGUGGGAUUAAAUUGAUGUUGAUGUACGUUGUUCUUCUGAAACAGAGCGUUAAGGAAACAUUUCAGCUCAUCCAGUCAAACUGACGGAUAAGGAUUAUUUGUAGUGGAUUGUUAUCGUUAGAAACGAUACCGAAAGUGCCUCUUAUAAUCUAAAGCACAACAGACUUGUUGGGAAAAAGGAGAUGUGCAGUAAAGGUGCGCGGGCACGACUGUGAGACAGACCGGAACGCGGAACAAGAAGUGUGUCCGUGCAUAGCGGUGCUGUUGUGACGGGUGUGAACAACACUGAAAGGAGCGAGGAACUAUCAGAUACCGAGUCAAUUCAUCCACAGUGAGAUCAUGACACAGCAGAUUUCACGGAACUCUACAGCGAAAUGAAGAACACUGUUCUUCUCUCUGUGUUCCUGGUGUUUUGGGACGGUGUGUUUGGUGCGGCAGCUGAAAGAAAGCAAGUAUCCGUUUUGGAGGGAGAUUCUGUUACUUUAUACACUAACAUCACUGAGACACGCAAGAUUGAUCUGAUGAUGUGGAUGUAUGGAUCUCAGGGGUCUAUUAUUGCUAAACUCAAUGGAAAAACUCAGGUCAUAUCACUUUAUGAUGUUGAUGAUGGGAGAUUCGGAGACAGACUGCAGCUGGACAAUCAGACGGGAUCUCUGAGAAUCAGUGACAUCAGAACCAAACACUCUGGAGAUUAUCAGCUGAAGAUCAUCAGCAGCGAGACCUCGUACAAGACCUUCAGUCUGACAGUCCAUGAUGUGUUUUUUGCUGGUUUAACAAACAUGAAAGAGGGAAAAUCUGUCACUCUACAGACUGGUGUCAGUGAACUUCAGAAAUAUGAUGUGAUUCUGUGGAUGUUCGGACCUUUGAGUCCAGACACUUUGCUGGCUGAAAUCAACAUAACGCUCCAUAAGAUCUCAUAUACUGAAGAUGUGAGAUUGAGAGACAGACUACAGCUGGAUGAUCAGACUGGAUCUCUGACCAUCACAGAUACCAGAUCCACAGAUACAGGAGUUUAUCAACUACAGAUCACCAACAGUGAAGAGACCUCCUACAAGAGAUACAAUGUUUAUGUCACUGUUCCUGAACCAGGUCUGUCUUCAGGAGGUUUAGCAGCACUGAUUGUUUUUUGUUUGCUGCUCUUUGCAGCUGUAAUCGGCGGUGUCUUUUACUAUCGCCGCAAGUACUCAAGACUAAAGCAUGAAAUGACAGAGGGAGAUUCAGUCCCUCUACACACUGGUAUAGCCGAACCACAGCAGUAUGACCAAAUACUCUGGAGGUUUGGACCUCAAGGCUCUCACAUCGCUAAGAUACCUUUAAGAAACAAAGAGACCUUACCUGAAGAUGACGAGAGAUUCACCAUAGAUCUUCUCUAUGUGGACUCACUACAGUUCUCAGAGGGAGAAGACGUCACUCUAGACACUGGCGUUAGUGAACUACAGAGGGACGAUCAGAUUCUCUGGAGCUUUGGAUCUGAAGACAACAUUAUUGCUAUAAGAGAUGGAGACACCAAUGAGAUUCAAAUGAUGCUGAUGAUGGGAGAUUCAGAGACAGACUGCAGAUGGAUGAUCGGACUGGAUCUCUGACCAUCAUAAAUGCCAAAAUCACAUAAAGUCUUGUAUAAAAAGUUUAUGUGGACACAGUAAAAGUGAGAGCGGGAGACUCCAUCUCUCAGAAGACUGAUGUUACUGAACCAGAGGAUGGAAAUAAUGACAUUGCUGAAAUCAACCAAGACAGUAUUCAGAUCUCAGUGUAUCAUGGUAA